AGUCUGCGUCUGAGCGUUGGAGAAGAUCGUGCGAUUUUUCCGCUGGUCGCUCUCGUGUGUUCCCAAGUCUCCUACUAUUUUUUUUAUACUCUGUAGUGCGCGUAAGUGUGUACGUCUGUGUGUGUGCGUGGCAUUUCGGUAGGAAAAAAGCCUAUAAAAAGUUAUCAUCUCAACCAGCCAGUGUUUUUUUGUGUCCUGUUCUAUCUUCUACAAACCUAUAUAAAUAUAUACUAUCUCGCUCUCGCCUCCUCGUGUUUGUGCGUUUACGUGUUUACCACCGAAGACAACAACCAAAACAACAACCACAUCAUCAUCACCAUCAACAACAACUGCUGCUGCUGCCGCUGUCUAUCGCAAAAAUACCUAUAUCUACUAUAUAGUGGUGUCCCGCUCUUGCAUGUGUGGUGUACGGCAGUAAAGUAAUGUGGUGUAUUUCAUGCGUCUCUGCCCCAACUAAUUCAGAACCAAUGGCAGCCAUCCGCAAGAAGCUGGUCAUCGUCGGGGACGGUGCCUGCGGUAAGACGUGCCUGCUGAUCGUGUUCAGCAAGGACCAGUUCCCGGAGGUGUACGUGCCGACCGUGUUCGAGAACUAUGUCGCGGACAUCGAGGUCGACGGCAAACAGGUGGAGCUAGCGUUAUGGGAUACGGCCGGACAGGAGGACUACGACCGGCUCAGGCCGCUGAGCUACCCGGACACCGACGUCAUACUGAUGUGUUUCUCCGUAGACUCGCCAGACUCGCUGGAAAACAUCCCGGAGAAGUGGACCCCUGAGGUUAAACAUUUUUGUCCAAACGUACCCAUAAUCCUAGUUGGUAACAAAAAAGAUCUCAGAAACGACCCUCACACAAUUAAGGAAUUGGCCAAAAUGAAGCAGGAGCCAGUGAAGCCGCAGGAGGGGCGCGCGAUGGCGGAGAAGAUCAACGCGUUCGCGUACUUGGAGUGUUCGGCCAAGUCGAAAGAGGGCGUCCGCGAGGUGUUUGAGACCGCGACCCGGGCCGCGUUACAGGUCAAAAAGAAGAAGAAGAGUAAAUGCGUGCUGCUCUAAGGAGGAGGUUGAGGAUGUUGGGGGGCGAGGUCCACACAAAACAACAACAAACAGAAGAAAGAAAAAAACAGAACAGAACAACCCGGAACGUGCGCGCGGUUGGGCGGGGUUGAGAGAGGAGUGGGGGAAGGGUUUUAGGAGGAGAAGAAGAAGCAGUAAAAAAGGAUAAAUAGAUAGACACACGAACUGGAACACAAUGGAGAGGAGAGAGUUGGGGAAGGAAGCAGAACAGUAAUUUGUUCACGGUCGCAGGACGCCAGAUGGAAACAGCAGAGGGAAAGGCUUAGAAAGCAACAGGAUUUAGGCUGAAACGUACCAUCUACUAAGCAUGAACAGGAAAACUAGGAGAAAAACAAGUCUAUCUCUAUUACCAUCAAAAACAACAACAAACAAACAACAACAAAAGUAAAGAAAACCAUAAACACAACACACAAACAGAAUCAGAAACACACUCUCACUCUCAGAAGAACGUCGAGAAAGCGCUGUUGUGUUGAACAAAAAGUGCACCGGAAAAAAACAAAACAAAAAUGCAUCAUCCUUCUUUGCAAAUGUUUAGUGUCUUGUUGUUGUGUGCAGGGAAAAUAUCGCGCGCGCCAAAAUCAGCUUUUUCUAAAAUCACUCAACUCAACAAAUCAACAACAUCAGAAUAACAUUAAUCAGCAGCAGCAGCAUUUCUUUCUUCUCCAAACAUAAACACACACACAAAUCCUUUUUUUACUACUUGUUCGGAAGUUUAAAAAGAGAGCGCGCGCCAGCCAGCCAGCAGCGAAGGCGGCGGAAAGGGCAUCUAUUACUGGAUGUGUUUUUAUUAUACUAAUUAAUAAUGGUAAAAACUCCUAUUAUUAUACUUUAGAAUAUAUGAAGCAAAGAUUAUUUGGAGCAGAGAAACGGAGAUGGAAAAUUAGGAGCAGCAGAGCAGGAACAUAUGAGUAAAGAUAACACAUACACAUACACACACACACGCAGUCGUAAGGGCUAGAUUUUUAAAACGAAAAAUACACACACACAAAAAAAGAACGAAACAGUGGCGAAAUAAAAUACUAACAACUGAUUAGAAAUUGAGCGUCGAGCGAUUUGUUGUUUGUGGAUGGAUGUCCUGCCCUCUGGUUGUCGUCGUCGUGUUGCUGAAGAAGGUUUUUGGUUCAGGAUGGCGCAGACAAGGAACUUGAAAGGAGAUCUCCGAAUCCUUGUACGAGCACCCAAACUGACCUCGAAUCCAUCGAGCCUUGAACGCAAAACGUCAUUUUUUUCUUAAUCGAAUGGGCUUUUUGAGACCGGACUUUGAGAGCGCUAUUGGAAACUGCCAGUUUGAUAAUGCGUGAGAUUGACCAUCAUCCCUCCCCCCCAAAAUCGUCUUCUUCACGGUUUUCACACCCACCAAGUGUUGAGCGGUUGUGGGACUUAGUUUAGUAUUUUUUUGAAAGCAGGACGAGCGCGUUCUCGCACAUUUUUGGAGGAAAAUAAACGAACUGUACUUUGUAAAACCAACAAAAAAACAAAACAAGUAAGAAUUGUAUUUAAAAAUGUACACACACAAAACGCCCCUCUAUAUUUACUAUUAAAACAAUACACCUCUCACCUAGGAGACUAAAACCGAAAAAACAAUUUCACUAUUCAAGCAAAAAAAAAUCACGAAUCCGCUUAGCAUUGAUCGUAUUUAUAAUUUAUUUGGACAACACAAGACGUUACGUUCCCUGCAAGCUCUCACCUUGCGAGAAGUUGUAGCUUACAAAUGUGCUUUAGCUACUUUUUGGGACAAAGUUUUGAAGCGUGCGAUGCGAUUUUUUCAAGCUCAAAACGGCAAACAGAAACUCGGCAGCAGAAGCAGCAGCGUGUUAGUGUUUUAUGUCUUGCAGGAUACAUUAAAUCAAACUAAACAUUUUUCUCACCGUUUUUGCUAGGAGGAAAAAUGAACCUAAAUGUGAGAUAAAAGUGCUAAAACAAGAAACUAAAUUUAACUCAUGCUAAUUCAAAAUGCGUCAAAGUGUUUUGCACGGGUAGUUCAAUUUUGAAAUUGUUUUCUUUUCGUUCUUCCUUUGGCCAACCCAAUGUUUACCCCCUCCUCACUUUUAUUAAAAGCCUUAAUUCUGAGUUUGCAGAACGGAGAAAGCACAGAGCAAAGAAAAAACGUGUUUUUAGAAUAAUCAAUUGUAACUUUUAUAUGUAAGCCGUAAAGCAAAUAAACUUGCGAUUUAUUCAUAAACAAAACAAAACAGCAUGCUUUCCAGCGGAAUCGAAAACAGAACUCAUAGACCACAAUAGACCAAUUUUGAAUUGAAGGAUGCUUAGUCGAGGAAAAAAGA